CGCUUGCUAUAGACGACAAGCCAGAGAAAAGCCCGUGUCGUCAUCAUCAUCAUCAUCGUCAUCAUCAUUAUUAUCAUCAUCAUCACCAACAUUUGUGCGUUCUUUGAGUGGAGAAUUGAGCUGUAAUCUCUCUGCUUCCAGCCUAACCACAACUAGGUUAUCCGUUUGACAAAACAGACUCCACCCUCACCAGUACUGGCUUAGCAGUUUUAAGCCACAAUCGUUUAAACAAGCCACCUCGAUUCUUGUCAAAUUCAAGAACAAUUUAAAUGAACUGCGUGUAUUUGACUGUACUGUAUGAUAUUUCCAAGUUAUAUGGAAAUCUUCCUUUGUUUUUCGCCGUUGCUAGGAAACAAUGGAUGAUUUGUUUUAAGUGACUUAGGUGUUAGUUGCAUGCAGGGCGUGGCUGUGGUUUAAGACUAUUAUUGCACCCUUGUUAUAGUUUCUUGCAGAUUGUUUUUUUUUAUGAAGUCCGUAGCCAUGAUCGCUUUAACGUUUCUAUUUGUGGUCAUGAUAUGCUGCACAGCUGAAAACUCUACAGUAUCAACUGGUAAAACCUGUUGGACUGAGUGCUCGAAGACAUGUGGUGGUGGAACACAAGUCACGUGUGUAAACAACACAGCUGUCACAAGAGCCUGUAACACAAUCCGCUGUCCAGGAGAUCCCGAGUGGACAAAGUGCACAUUAACAUGCGGGGGUGGAAUGCAGACAAACAUUGAUAACAGCAGUAUUAUACAAACGUGCAAUACCAUGGCAUGUCCCGGAGAGGCAGGCUGUUUGUCAGCGUAUCUCAGCUUCGAGCACGUUUACAAUAAUCAUAUUGUUUACGACGAGUCACACAACGGGAACUCUGGAACUAUGCAUGGUUGCGCGCGCAUUGUAGAUUACGGUAAAUUCGGUAAGGGGCUGGAACUGGGUGAAGAUGGUAACGUAACAUUUGAUGUGGAAAAAUUUCACAAUCGACCCACGGACGCCAUUACCAUAGCGCUGUGGCUCAAUUUGUCACAAAUAAAUGGAACUCACGAGCUGUUCUUCACUUGUGGCACGCCUGAACUUUACAACAUGGGAGAUUAUCAUUUUGCUAUUGAUCGUGGUAAAGUGCAGUGGCUUGAAGAACUCCCAGGGGGUGGUACAAGGUUCAACGUUUCUUCAAAUUCUACCAUUCACAGUAACACGUGGUACCACAUUGUGGGGACCUAUAGAGUGUCUACUUCAAGAGCUCGUCUUUAUAUAAACGGCGUCCUCUCAAAUGAGCUGAAACUGGCAACCAUCCCAAAGCGGUCAGCGGUACCACUUCCAAAUAACGGCACGCAAGCGCAGUGGAAGUGUGCGAAUCUAGGCAGUUCAAAGAAAGAAAAACCGUUAAGAGGUAUCAUGGACGAAUUUCGCAUCUUUAAAUGCGAACUUUUACCAGAGGAAAUAAUGGAUUUAUACAGUAAAAAUACUGUCAAGAGAUUCCAGAUUCCACGGCGUAAAUUACUGACAAGACCUGUUGAUUUGGGUAAUUUUAUGAAAUCAAAGAGAUAGUAGAAAAGGAAAUCUGACGUAAGAAUCAAGUUAUAAAGGCCGACAGAGCUUCACACAUAAAUAUCCCGACGUUCAAUGUUUCGCGUGGAUGAGAUAUAGUGUCUAAUGUCAAGAAUCAUCCUGCAUCAUAAACGGGGCGUCGAGAAGAGAAGAGACAGCAGGGUAAAUAUUUUUAAAAAGGCCUUGGUGUUUAUAUAAGAUACUCGAUGGACUCUGUAGGGAGAAUUGAGACCAUUAAUCAGAUCUUUUUCUCGCGCAGUCUCUAUGUUUAAAUUAGAUCUGCCCAUUUGUUCCAACUCCUUCAGGCGUAGAACAUAUAUAGUUUUUCGCUAACAUAAAUUUGUUAAAGUUUUUUUGGCAGUCCUGAUUGGUAAUAAAUCCUCGACAACGCUAUGUUCAUAAUUAACUAUCUUCUACCAACUGAGAUUCUUUACAAGGCUCUGUUCUGUUUACAUUUUAAUCAGAAAAUAGAAUGAACACUCACAACUAAUGCACAAAACGGGAUUUGUCAUGUUACUUUGAAAAAAUUCUCACGGAGACGAAAAUCACCGGUACUGUUCAUCAUUGGAUGCUGGAUCAGUAAUGCUGGUCCUUGUAUUCCAGAAUUCAAAUUUUGUAUUUAAAGGAGCUCAGUCACGGU